AUGAACACCGUCGAGAAAAACUUCCACCACCCGUUUAUCCCUUACGACAUCCAACGCCAGUUCAUGCAAGCAUUGUUCGACUGUAUUGAAGGUGGCAAAGUUGGUAUAUUUGAGUCGCCCACAGAAUGGAUGUUAGAAUACUCACGGCGAGAGAAAACAAGAUUUAUCCGGGAGAAGAGAGAGCAAUUGGAAGCCCGUUUGGCGAAAAUCCGCGCAGAUGAAGAACGGCAGCGAAAGCAGUUUGUGGACGGCAACCAUACCUCUAAGAAAAGGAAAUUGACUGCGGGAAACGAUGCUUCCGAACAGGGGUAUGAGAACCAAUUCGAAUUAGAAGACUAUUAUAGCGAUAACGAAGAACGAACGGCUGUGGAUGCGAUUUCGAACACUAAAGGCGUACUCUCUGCUGAUACCCUUGCUUUACUCGAGAAGCUAAAUGGCGGGCCCGUUGAUGAUCGCGCCGAUUCCGAGCCGGAGGAUGAGAUUCGAGUAUUCUACUGCUCGAGAACACACUCUCAAUUGACUCAAUUUGCCCACGAGUUGCGGCGAGUAAAGUUACCGCCAAGUAUUCCUCCCGAGAUCGUCACUUUACCAUACCCCCUUCUCCUCCAGAGAUCAGCAAGGGAUGCCUUAAACAUUUCUCUCAAAAACCACGUCGUAAUUAUUGAUGAAGCCCAUAAUCUCAUCGACGCCAUUUCCGAUAUACAUUCUGUGUCUGUGUCGCUAUCUCAACUUCAAUUGGCCAUCUACCAGCUCACCACUUACGCCAGGAAGUAUAAGACUCACUUAAAGGGGAGCAAUAGGGUCUACGUCACCCAGGUGAUUCGGCUUUUAUCACGGUAUCUGCAUAAAAGCAAACUGGCGAGGAAAGUCGACGGCUUCACUGAGCAGUCAUCUAUGAAGUCACAAGCUGCGGACAAAAAUGCUACUCGACUUUCAGUUCCUGUUCUCUUUCAAGUUCAAAGCUUCGUUCUCUCAUUGAUGAACCCAUCCUCAGAGGGGAAACUCUUUUACGAGAUUAGCCAGAACGAUGUCUUCUUGAAAUACAUGUUAUUGGAUCCUACCAAUCACUUUCGGGAAAUCGUAGAGGACUCAAGGAGUGUGAUUCUUGCGGGAGGUCGACUCGAAACUUUUAGCUUUGGCCACGUGAUACCGCCUGAUAAUCUGGCAGCAAUCCCAGUAGUCAGGGGAACUUGCAAUACCGAAUUUGAUUUUACUUACGGGAAACGAAAUGAUGAGAGCAUGAUAAUUGAUCUUGGCAAGACCAUCGCAGCAUUGUGCUGUGUUAUACCAGAUGGUGUCGUGGCUUUUUUCCCAAGUUACGACUACUUAAACCUAGUUUUGAUGAUCUGGAAGAAGCACAUCCCAACUACCGGACCUAGCAUCAUCGAUUCGAUCCAAAGAUCCAAAGCUGUCUUCCACGAGUCCCAAGACAAAGCUACAGAUGUUGACGAAUUACUUCAAGGGUGGCGCGUUGCUCUUGUCAGUUAUGGGUGGGAAGUUGUCUGA